AAGUCUCGCGAGACCCAGCCUGCCCCGCCCGCUCCUCCCCGCGCCCUUCACAGCAGCCAAGAUGGCGACCGCCACUCGCCUCAUCCAGCGGCUCCGCAAUUUCUUGGCUGGGCGGGACCUCCAGGCUAAGCUGGCGCUGCGUUAUGAGGAGAUUUCCAAGAGAAGCCAACCGCCGCCUCGGCUCCCCGUGGGCCCCAGUCACAAGUUGGCCGAUAAUUAUUAUUGCAGCCGGGAUGGGAGGCGAGAGUCGCAGCCGCCCAUCGUGGUGGUGGCGGGGCAGAAAACCCUCCCCGCGGGGACUGGGGCUGGCAGCCCAGGUUCUGCAGUGACAACAGGUGAGAAAAAUCCAGUGACACCAGGACCACCAAUCAAGAAGUGGGAGAUUUCAAAAGACCAGCCAUAUUUGUGAGAAAUAAAUAUUAUUUUAAAAAACUGAUGAAGCUGCUUGUACAGGUCAGAGUCAUGACAAAGCAGCACCUUACAGGGGAAGUUUGUGGUGGAUUUUGCUACAGCAGCACUGCAUGAGCUUACCCUGCUGUGUCACUAAUAAAUGUGUUUAAAACUCUGA